UUUGUGUGUGAGAUCAGAGAAGAGAAUGGAACGAAACGAAGAGAUUAUGCCAAUACUGGAGAAAGGCCAGGCUGCAAUUUGGCAACUCUUAUUCGCCUUUGCCGACUCCAUGGCAUUGAAAUGUGCUGUGGAGCUUCGCAUUGCUGACAUUAUACACUCUCAUGGCGUUCCAGUUACUUUGAACCAAAUAGCCUCUGAGAUUGAUUCUCCUACUUCUCCUGAUAUCCCUUACCUCGCACGAAUAAUGAGGUCACUUGUCCACAAAAAGAUCUUCACUGAACAUCAUUUGCCAGACGGCAGCGACACACUCUACGGAUCGACCGAGACGUCCAGAUGGCUUUUGCAUGAUGCUGAGCUGAGCCUAGUGCCAAUGGUGAUAAUGGAGAACAACCCAUGGCAAUUGUCGCCAUGGCAUUGCUUGAGCCAAUGUGUCAAAGAAGGUGGCAUUGCGUUUCAGAAAGCACAUGGUUGUGAGAUGUGGGACUUUGCAGCAAAAAAUCCUGAAUUCAACAAGAUCUUCAACGAUGCCAUGACAUGUACGACCAAGAUCAUGAUGGGGGUAGUCCUUACGGAGUACAAAGAUGGGUUUAAUUCCAUUGGAUCAUUGGUGGACGUAGGAGGUGGGACGGGAGAAAUGAUAGCUAAGAUCAUUAAAUCACAUCAACAUAUCAAAGCUAUUAACUUUGAUCUCCCACAUGUUGUUGCCGCUGCACCACUCCGCCAAGGGGUCUCCCAUGUUGGAGGGAACAUGUUUGAGGCCAUUCCUAGUGCUGAUGCAAUUUUCAUUAAGUGUGUGCUACACGAUUGGAGCGACGAACAUUGCAUCAAAAUUCUGAAGAAUUGCAAGAAAGCAAUACCACCAAAGAGUGGAAAGGUUAUAAUUGUAGAUAUUGUUCUUGAGAAAGAAAAUGAUGACUUGUAUCAAGAUACACGAAUGGUAUUCGACUUGGUUAUGAUGGCACACACCACUGGCGGAAAGGAGAGGACUGAGGUUGAAUGGAAGCAAUUGUUGAUGGAUGCUGGCUUUCCUCGCUACAAAAUUAUCAAAAUCCCAUCUAUACCGUCCAUCAUUGAGGCUUAUCCAGUCAUGUGA